UCUACAAGCAAGGAUAAGGUCAUCCGUAACAUCUUAUAAAAGAGAGAUAAAACAAAUUCGCUGCUAAUAGGUCAAAAUAAAUGUUUAGAUAUAGGACUUUGAAAUCAUAAAAAGAUUAAAGACAAAUGGCACAUUUCAUACGUUUUGGAUUUCUUGUACUAGCAUUGCACCUAACGGCAACAGAGGCAAUACAAUGUCUGUCAUGUGAUAGUGUGGUUGAGGCACGUGAUUGCAGAAGAUUGGUCACGUGCGGUUCACAUGAAAUCUGUUACGUGCGGCGACUUAUCGCAACAAACCUAAAACAGUAUUACAAGCUGGGAUGCACUGAUAAGAAUGUCUGCAUCCAGGAACAAAAACAAAUGUUUGCUAUUGGUAAAAGGGAUACUAACAAGUAUUCCAGUCCAGCUGAAUCAGGUGCGAUACAGUCACAUGACAGAAAAGCUCGCGAUACCAACGGGGACAUGACCCUGUGUCUCCAGUGUUGCGAAAGUGCAGAUGGUUGCAACAAGGACCUCUGUGGAUCUCCUCCAACAACAAAUCGUAGAUGCUUGACAUGCGACGAUGUUUUGAGUCCUAAAGACUGUGAGCGACUUCAAGAAUGCAGCAGGGAUGAGUUCUGUUAUGUUCACAAAGGAAUUAACCAAAAUAUUGCCACUUUCGAAAUUCGUCACGAUCUAGGAUGCAUGGGAGAGAGGCAAUGUAAUGCCUUGAAGCUGGCCUACCCCCAGGCCUGUGUUGUAUGCUGUAAUCAGACGGAUCUCUGUAACUAUGCUGCCUGUGAUAAAUGGAUGCCCGCAGCAGCACCUACACAAGUGGCCUUCACUACCAGACCGACAACAAAAGCAACAACAACAAUCCCGACGACUCCGCCGCCUCAGGUGGUGAUAAACGGACCCGACAAGGAUAAUUACAUGAAUAGUACCCAGCUCACCUGCGUAACAUCACCUCCUGCACAAUCGUAUACAUGGAAAUUCAACGGUACAGGUACUUUACCUAAAGGGAUAACCAGCCAGCAAAUAGGGAUCCAGGCCGGAAGUGUAGCUGGCGUCGAUACUCUCCAAAUUGCCAGCCUAACCGAGGCACAAAUGGGAACUUACACAUGCGUGGCUACAAUCAACGGACAAACAGUUGAACAAUCACAUUUUCUUGGCAUAAAUGGAGAAAAACCGACAGUACACAUUGAAAAACCGCCAGUAUCCAACAACUUUGCCAUGCAAUGUCAGGUCACCGGAUAUCCGGUUCCUCUUAUCAAGUGGGAUUUCAUACCAGAUUCGGCGGGAUCACAUGGUAUUCCUCCAGGUGUAGAGUUUUCGGAUGAAAAGUUUCAGUCAACCCUGUUUGUGAAAACAUACAAUCCCACAGAUCAUACGGGCAUGUGGUACUGUAAGGCGAGUAACGUGGUAGGCAAUGCACUAGCCCAGGUCCAUGUUCCAUAGGGUUCUGCUGCUGAUUGCAUAUGAUUUGUUUCUUGAAAACACAUUAAAAUUAUCUAAAUCA